ACAGACACAGACACAUAUACGCACACACAAAAUAAUAACACACACACACACACACACACACACACACACACGCACGCAUACACAUACACAGUGGCGCUUACGUAUCCACAUGACUUUUCCGCGAAAAAUGUUUUCCAUUAACAAUAAUGACACGGUGUGUACGGUAACUAAAUCGUCGUGGUCGUCGGUGCCAGUGUUUUCGUGCGGAGCGUGUGUACAGUGGCGAGUGUCGUUUAGGGUUUCCACAGAUUUUCAAAGUGCCCCAUUUGCCGUGCCAGCAUGUUCGGGAUUAUCAUAAACGCCGUGUGUUGUUUUUGCCCGCAGUGCUAUAUUAUAACAUAACAUUUUUUAAUUGCCCGUCUAUAACAUUAUAUAUAUAUAUAUAUAUUCAUAUAAUACAUAUAUAUAUAUAUAUAUAUUAUUGUCAUUAGACCGUUUGUCUGCGUGUGCGUCGUGUUUAUGUUCUAAUAAAAAAAUACGUACACAACAUAAUAUACCGAUAUAUUUAUAUAUUAUUUAUUAUUAUAUAUAAAUAUUUAUUAUUUCUCGGUUGAUUUUUUUAUAUUUUUUGUUAGUGGUUUUUCUUUCAGUUGGUUUUUUUUUCUCGAAACGUUUAAUCAAUUUUUGCUCGUGUGUGUGUGUGUGUGUGUUUUUUUUGCCCCCUUCGAGAUAAUAAUCUCUGAACACGACGACGGUAUAUACAUGCAUAAUAAUGCAAUUGGUUCUAGUCAAUUUAUAGUUCAAAUUCGUUCGGAGUUCACACGAGUACGCGAAAGGAAAUACCAGAAAUUAUUAAAAAUGAGUGUAACGCAAACCGAUAGUCCCAGGCCUCGAAACACUAUGGCUGGCGUUGUAAAAAUUGGUUACUUGAAAAAAAUGAGAAGUAUGAGGAAAAAAUUCUUUGUACUUCGUGAAGAGACUAUUGGAGGACCGGCUCGUCUUGAAUAUUACGAAAGCGAAAAAAAAUGGAGAACUAAUUGUUUGCCUAAGAGGGUAAUUGUAUUGAAGACUUGUUUUAAUAUUGACAAACGUGCAGACGCGCGCAAUAAAAACGUGUUGAGUUUGUAUACAAAAGACAACUAUUUUUGUAUUCUGUUUGAUACUGAAAAAGAACUCGAAGAAUGGUUAGACUUAAUGUUGGUGCUGCAACGCGUCAAUAAAGAUUUAGAGACGGGCGAAUCGUCUAAAGAUGCUUUCGAGCACAUUUGGCACAUAUCUAUACUGAAAAAGGAAUUGGGACUAAACUCUAGUUUAAUCGGAAUGACUGGACUUUGUUUAUGCGACAAAAAAGUAACUAUAAUGAAGUAUCCGACUAGAUCAAAGAAACAAAAAACUAUUGACAUAAUGUUGACAAGCAUUCGACGAUGUGGAGCUCUUGAUACAUUUUUUUAUAUGGAAGUUGGGCAAAGUUCUCCAUUGGGUGCCGGACAUAUAUGGAUGGACACGUGGGACUCGGAAGUGUCGAGCAGCAUACACCAGACAAUAAUGGGAGCAUCGAGUCGUACUCAUGACCUUAGAUUUAGAUUGAGGUCAUCGUCGUUCAAUGAAGGAUCACGAAUGAUAACGUGUCCUUCGAGAACGCGCCCUAAUAUCUAUGAUGAGAAUAAUCCCGGACUACGGUAUAAAAACAAUAGUCAAAGUUCCUCGAUGCUUAGUAAUGGCAAUAUAGACUUAGCACGUACAGGAUCUGUGCGAGAACGCUGUGAUAGUAUGCCUUUACGGCCUCGAACUAUAAGCGAAAACACAACUUCCUCGACACGGUCAUACAAUGGCGUAUUAUCUCCAAAACAAACUUUCCACAAGGGUUGCAAUUGUGUUUCCUCAUCGUCACCAGCGUUUAACGAUUCUGGUCUGGGUGGCUGGGAUUCAACACUUUCAAAAUCUACAGACGCUACCGAUGGAUUUUCUCCAUUUUACACAAGUCUUAGCGAUCAACGGUCAGCUAUACUUGAAGAAAAACAAGAAGACUUUAUUUCGUAUACACCAUUAGACAGAGAAGAAGAUUCUAUUAGACAAAUAUCUGACAGUAAUGUUAAUAAUAACAUUCAUCUGAUAAACAAUAACAUAGUUGGCAAUAGAUCGAGUUCCUCUUCUCAGACUGGUUCCUGUUGUGAUUCAAAUAGUCCGUAUGGUUCACCAAUCAACUUGGAUGAUCGAUCAUAUACACCGUUAAAUUCAUCUAGUAUACCGGAAACAUCACCACCUCCAGAUGGUUACCUUCCGAUGAAGCCGGGUUUUACGGUUUGUAAUAAUUAUAUGGCAAUGGGCGGACGAAGUAAUUCCAAGCAAGAUUCGGUCGAUGGGUCUCAACCAGAAUGCACUCUACCUGAAGGCUAUGUUCCUAUGGCUCCGAUGGGAAGCAAAACGUACGAUUAUGUGCCGAUGAGUUGUAAACAAGGGUCAAUUGAAUCUGGAACUCCUUCUACAGAUAUACGAUUUUCGGAUAUACACCUAGACAAAGUAUGUGCGUACUUAACUCCGUCCGAAGACGAAGGACCAAUUGAAAGACCAACUAGAGCCUACUCCGUUGGAUCUCGACCAGAUGGCUUACGGGAGAAAAUUGACAAGAUCGAGUCAGAUCGCACAAGAACACGUGCGUUCUCAGUUGGUAGCCGUGGUAGAUUACCUCCUACUGGACUGGUGCGUAAUGGUUAUCAGUCUGGAUCAACCAGUAUGUCUGAACAGAGCGAUAGUGGCGAUCGCAUGGAAAUUGAUUUUAGCCGCAAUGGCAAAUUUCGUCGGCAUUAUUCAGCUACAUGUCGCAACCUAUCUGUUCAGACACCAGCGGAAAUAUCUCCUAGAUCUUCACCUAAACUUUGUCCGUCACCCGACACUACAUGUACCCAUCGUUCCACUGGACGAUCACCUCCGAAAUCAAUUGCUUCUUCUGUAGAUAUUAAAAGAGCACUCUCUGGAGCUGUACAUGCAAUAUCCAGAUCACCUCCUUCGGCACACGCUUACCUUUCACCCACGUUAGAAAGAGUGUCUGAGUAUCCAGGUGUAGAAAUUUCAGAUAGCUACACAAUAAUGAAACCUGGUCAGCCUUUAACUUCUGAAAAUACAAAAGUUGUGUUGCUCGAAGAGUCAAAUAAACGAAAUUAUGUUAACGUUUGGGAGACGAGUACAUCUCCGAUAUUCAAGAUGCUGAAUUGGAAAAGUCGUAGCAAAGACAAAAAGCGUAACAAUUCGGUUUCAAAUUGUGAACAGCUUUGUCAAAAAUCUAAUGAAGCUGUCGAUGAAACGGAUAGUAGCUGUGAUUAUACAACUAUUAAACCUGGUGUGCAGACAAUACCUAUACGACCCGACAGGCAAUCUGGUCGGUCUAAUAGUUCAGAAUUAGACUCACUUAGUGAUGAACUCUCCGAUCUGACGCUCUCGGAUCAAACUAUUGUUCCAUCAAAUAAUUCUCUAAGCCACCCUCAGUCUGUCAACUUUGUUUCUUCAAUAGACGGGGGCAAAAAAGAGAAAUCUCCUAAUGACCAGACGUCAAUGAACGCGGAUAAUAAGACUGAAGAGCGGCUUUGGGAAUAUAUCUAAUAAAGUACUAUGAUAUAACAAUAGACUCUCAAUAGAAUACUGUAAUUUACCUCGUUUAUUAUUCUCUUUUGAGAUGUUUUUAUAUUCAUUAGCUAAAUAAAAAAUAAAAAAAAUAUAUAUAUAUCUACAAAAUUUUAAUAAAUUUUGAAAAAAAAAAUAAGGAAUGUAUUUUUAAUUGCUUGUUUGGUGUGUGUGUGUGUACGUUUGUAUGUGUAUAUUGAGUGUCUGUGUGAGUGUGUAUAUGUGUUUUGUGUUUGUAUUAUGUUUAUCAAAAUAUAUAAUAUUACAUUCAUAAAACAAGAUACGUUUUUAUAAUUAAAACUAUUAUUUGUUUAUUGUUUUUGAUCUAUAUAAAAUUAAUUAAUGCAAAUUGUUUUUUUUUUUAAAUCUACAUCACUAUUAAAUUAGAAAAUGUAAUUGUAAAUUCUUGUUAUUCAUUAAUGAUUCUGUUUUUGUUUCUAAAAAAAAAGAAAAUUAAAUUGUUAGUAAUAUUACAAUGGAUGUUAUUGAAUUUAAUACAGAAUGAUUUCUUAUGCGUGUAACAUCUAUUGAAUAGUAAAUGUGCAACAUUAUAAAAGUAGUUUCAAAAUUUUGUAUAUUUGUAUUAGUAAUUUAUUAAAAUAUUGAUUUUUGUUAAUCCGCAUUUAACAGCAUAUAUUUAGACCUGGACAUGUUUUUAAACAUUUUUUAACAAUACAAUAUGUAGAAGACAAAAUUUUUAAAUUUGUAAUUUUUCUCAACACUCGUAUUAAAAAUUGCAUUGAAUACUGCCACUAUGUUAAUAGGGCCAGGAUGGCCCAGUUUAAACUAUUAAAAUUAAGUUUAUUAUGAUUUUAUCUUUUUUUUUUUUUGAAACUGUUUUUUAUACGGACUUGUUUACCGUUUAAUAUAUAUAAAUAUAUAUAUUUUUAUGUAAUAAGUUCAACACAAAUGUGUUUAGUCCCGCAAUCUAGGUCAAAAAUAUUAUAGACAAAUAAUAUUUAUUUGUUUACUUUUUCUUUUUUUUUCUUAUAUAGAUAAAUUUUGUUGUAGUGAGUAUUUGUUUAAGGGAAUUUCAAUAGUGUAUUGUUUUUCUUGGAAAAUAGGGUUUUGCCUGUUUUUAGACACACGAACAAUUGUCGUUUUUAUUAUUUUGCUCACAUUCCCCCUAUAUUGUUUCUCCUAUUAUUACGCUUUUUUUGUUUACUCUAUAAAUAAAAAUUUAAAAAAAAUGGAAUUUUUUUUAUAUAAACACACGCUUGAUAAAAAAAUAAAUGAAAAAAAUAUUUGUUAAGUUUGACUUUUUUCUAAAACUUGACUUGUGAUCACUGUAUUUACUA